ACGCGGAAUCUGUAUGAACUCUACGAUGUACGCAUAACCCCGACUGGCUUCGCGACCCCUCAUAGAGUCGUACUGCAGUGUGUGUAUGCAGCCCGUGAUCGGCGGUGUCGCACGCAGUACAACACUCUACACUUGCACCACAGCACUGCAAAGGACGCGCAUGCUGCAGACAGAUUCCUGCGCUGAACUUUUUUUGGCCGUGGACGCCGCACCCCGUCGGGAUCUGCAAUUAUUAUUUCGCAUAUCAUAGUGCUGUAGCCUACUGUUGUGUUAGCUUCGUCCAUUGCAUGCUGUUGCCGUCCUGGAACCUUGCCUAGCUGUCGUACUGUCCCUGGUCGCAUUGGCUUCUGUUUGACGACGGUUGAACUUUGAAUCGAGGGGCUAUUCUCAAGUGUUGUAACUCGGCAUGGCAGGUGAACGGGAUUUGAGACCAAAAGAGCCAGUUGCGUACUAUCCUGAUCCUGUUCUGUCAAGUUUGAUCAACGAAGCUAAGCACGUGUCGACGAUGACCGCCCCUGAGCCGCACCACGGCAAGCGUAGUCACCACCACCAGCAGCAGCAGCAGCAGAGUAGUAGUAAUGGCACGUCGACAGGACCCACUGAGCACACGUCCGAGCGACGCAACAGCGGCAGCAGCAGCAGCGGCAGUGGCGGCGGUGCCUCGACUGCCGCCAACGGCCGUGGUGUGCGUGCGGCGGACAAGCAGAGCAGCGGCGGUGGUCUGCUGUCGCCCGAUGGACAGCGACGCAACGAGCCGGUCGUGCGCUUCAAGCGCAAGUACGCCGGCCAGCAUCUGGAGGUGACGUGCAACGGGCAGCGCGCCAUUCUGGACGUGGACAACCUGCCCGAUGCCGUGGGUUCCAUGACGCACGCCAAGCGCCAGUGCGUCGAGUACAACGGGCGCAUGAUGACGCCCACCGAGUUCGAGACGGCCACGGGCUACGGCUCGCGCAAGAACUGGCGCAGCAGCGUGCGCAUGGGCAACCAGUCCAUGAAGCAGAUACUGGACUCGCUGUGCAACGAAGAGUUCUCCUUCAAUGUAGACUCCGAGCAGCGGAAAUCGGCGUUCAGCCCGGCGUCCACCUCCACUCAGAGCCAGAAGCACCAGCGCUCCUCCUCGGUCAGCACGGCUAGCAGCGUCAAGUCCCCCGUCGCUCAUAGCAACGGUGUAACUCAGUCGUCGGCGCCGAGCACCCCCGCCCAAUCAACGCUGGCCACCGUGCUCACCUCGUUCUCAAACGAUCACCUGCAGAGACGAGUUCAGACCAUAGCCGUGCCCAGCAACGAGAACCCCAGCGCCAGCAUGUCCGUUUCACCGACGGUGGCGGCGACACGAGGUGGUUCGCCGCACGCCUACGCCCCGUUGCCAAACUCCUCGGCCCUGCCGUCAUCACGACAAUCGUCCCCGCCCUCGUCCCGCGCUCCGCAGCAGCAGCAGCGAUCGCGCGAGGGGAGCAACGGGACGGCGCCGGGCAAGCCGGCCGGCCGCGCCAACGGCUCUCUAUCGCCAGGGCAACACGACCGGCAUCACGGUCACGGUAGCAAACGCUCGCGCUUCUCGAAGACGGGCGCGGCCGAGAACGGCCUUCCGGACCUGAUUCCGGCUCGUUCGGCUCAGCGCACGCCGUCUAAUGAUUACUUCUCUCCCCAGGAGUCUGCUGCUGCUAGUUCGGACAAGUCGUCGCGCUGGCCAGGUGUUGACCUGAAGAGGUCACCGCCGAUCAGACUCCAGUAUAGCACAGAUGCGCGUGAGGACGGCAUGUCCAUCACAGUGUCUGCAGAGCCGGAGGACGCGGAUAGCAAUGCACAGCUCUACAUCAUGGAGCCCGGUCCAAGCCACCAGAUCGUCACACCAGUUCAUAUGCACUCUCCCCCGGAAACGUUGUCGUCGUCAUCGUCGCCAUCACUACACGAGGACAUGAUCGUGGGCCGUAAGUUCCCCGCCGGCCACCCGCACACGUGGACCUGUCACCAGGUGGCUCUCUACCUGCGCUCCUGCAACAUGGCCGCCGCAGCACGAGCCUGCGAAGCCGAUGAGAUCAACGGGCGUGCUCUCCUUCACCUGCGUGAGGAGCACAUGCUAAACCGCUUCCGCAUAAAGCUGGGUACGGCGCUGAAUCUCGUCGAGCUGAUCAAGCAGAUCAAUCUCCAUUUCUUUCCGGCAGCGAGCAAGAACGGCUGCUAACGAUAGCUGUCCUUUGUGUAAAUGUCUAGUUAGCUAGUCUGGUCAAUAGCAAGACCGGUGUGUGUGUGUGUGUGUGUGUGUGUGUGUGUGUGUGUGUGUGUGUGUGUGUAGGCGUUAUUUGUAGCCGUUGUAUUCCGCAGUAUUCUAUCGUCGUGUCGUCUCUGUCCGUCUUGUUGACGUAAUGUGAUAAAAGAGCUGACGUCCCGCACAAGCAUACCACUGUACUGUAGUAUGGCAGUCAUGUGUUGCUUGUCCAGCUCUGCAUUAGUAGUGUCUGUCCGAUCAAGUACAUGUAGAUGUUGUUGUUCUAGCUCAACUAUGUCGUAGGCCGUAUGAAGACGAAUACCUAUAUUCUAUAGCGUUAUAUACUGUAUUCGUUCUCUGUCUUGUUCCAUACUUCGUACGUGUUGUGCCUUGUUUUCCGCGUUCGCUGAACCAGCUUGCCUGUUGCGGCGGAGUUUUCCUAUCUAUAUUUUCUUGUCUCACUCAUGAAUGUCUCCCCGCCUGUAUCACACUUUAUUUUACCGGCUUGGGUGCUCCGAUAUGUGACAGCAUCCUAUUAUUUUUAUACUGCACUUGCAUCAUGCAUUCCGUUUGUCACAUUGCAUUUUCUGCUUCAAUCACCCGAGGAAUAACAAUGCAACAUUCCGUUGUCCUCUC